AUGGACCUUUUCCGCAGCGAAGAGGUCCAUUUAAUGCAGCUGAUGAUACCCUCCGAAGUCGCCCAUGACACCAUCGUGGCCUUGGGUGAGGUGGGCAUGCUGCAGUUCAAAGACCUGAACCCGGAGAAGCCAGCUUUCCAGCGGACCUAUGCUGGCCAGAUCAAGCGCUGUGACGAAAUGGCCCGCCAGAUUCGCUUCUUUCAGUCCGAGCUGGAGAAGCGGGAGAUCCCCGUCGCGCGGCGCGGCGCCGACCCUCCCACCCCCGACCUGGAUGCGCUGGAGUCGCAGCUGGCGGGGCUGGAGACGGAGCUGACGCAGCUGAACGCCAACACAGAUCGUCUAGACCGCUCGUACAACGAGCUGCAGGAACUGCAGCUGGUGCUGGAGACCGCGGGCACCUUCUUCGAGGACGCGCACUCCAACGCCCUGCAAGUCCGCGAUGAGCAUGCCCUGACCGCGGAAGGCGGCCAGCUGGACAUGGGCGCGCCGCUGCUGGAGAGCGCGUCCUUCACCGAGCCGGCGGGCAUCCAGCUCGGCUUCCUGGCCGGGACCAUCCAGCUGGAGAAGCUGGCCGCCUUUGAGCGCCUGCUCUUCCGCGCCACGCGCGGCAACAUGUACCUGAAGCACGGGGAGGUGGGCACCGUGGCCGACCCGAUCACCGGCGAGGGACAGGAGAAGUCGGUGUUCACCGUCUUCUUCGCCGGCGAGCGUGCGCGGUCCAAGAUCGCCAAGAUCUGCGAGGCCUUCUCGGCCAACCGCUACCCCUUCCCCGAGGACACGGCGCGGCGCCGCGCCAUGGCCGCCGAGGUCGGCGCGCGCCUGCGCGAGUUGCACGCCACACUGGAGGCGGGCACGCGCGCGCGUGGCGCGGUGCUCUCCUCCCUCGCCCAGCGCCUGGACGCCUGGGGCGUGCAGGUCCGGCGCGAGAAGGGCGUGUACCACACGCUGAACAAGCUGUCGGUGGACGUCACGCGCAAGGUGCUGGUGGCCGAGGCCUGGGUCCCCGUGGCCUCGCGCCCACGCGUGCACGAUGCGCUGCGCGCCGCGGCGGCCGCCGCGCACUCGCCCGUGGGCACCGUCUUCCAGCCGGUGGUGACCUACGACCCACCCCCCACCUUCUUCCGCACCUCCAAGAUCACCGCCGCCUUCCAGGAGCUGGUGGACGCGUACGGCAUCGCGCGCUACCGCGAGGCCAACCCCGCCGUCUUCACCAUCGUCACCUUCCCCUUCCUCUUCGCCGUCAUGUUUGGCGACGUGGGCCACGGCCUCCUCAUGCUGGCCUUUGCCGUCUGGCUGGUGGCCUCCGAGCGCCGCCUGGGGGCCCAGCCCCUGAACGAGAUCCUGGCCAUGUUCUUCCAGGGCCGCUACAUCAUCCUGGCCAUGGCCGCCUUCUCCAUCUACACCGGCCUGCUCUACAACGAGUUCUUCUCCAUGGUCACCACCCUCUUCGGCGCCAGCCGCUGGGCCUGCGCGGAGGACGCCGCCAUCACCGACCCGGUGGCCAUGCAGAUGGACCACACGCUCUGCCCCUCCGCCUUCAACUCGGGCCUGGCCAUGCCGCGCCCGGGCGCGCCCUACCCGGUGGGCGUGGACCCCGCCUGGCACGGCACCCGCACUGAGCUGCCCUACCUCAACUCGCUGAAGAUGAAGAUGUCCAUCGUGCUGGGCAUCGCGCAGAUGAACGGCGGCAUCCUGCUGUCCUUCCUCAACCAGCGCUACUUCUCCGACUCCCUCUCCACCUGGGGCCCGUUGGUCAUCUUCCUGAACAGCCUGUUUGGGUACCUGGUGGUCCUCAUCCUGGCCAAAUGGGCCUCGGGCGUGACCACCGACCUGUACCAUGUCAUGAUCUACAUGUUCCUGCAGCCCGGCAACGUGGACUGCAGCGGGCAGUGCCCCGAAAACCACAUGUACCGCGGCCAGGCCUUUGUUCAGGUCGUCCUGGUGCUGGCGGCACUCAUCGCGGUGCCCUGGAUGCUCCUGCCCAAGCCCCUGAUCCUGCGCAAGCGCAGCCAGCGCCGGCAGUCCAGGGAUGCAUCCUACGGCCUGCUGGCCCCCGAAGACAAUGACUUCAGCUAUGCCCGCUUCUCCGACGACGACCCCUCGGUCGCCGGCGGCGCCGAGCUGGGCCUGGAGGCGGGGCAGCAGCAGGGCGGGCAUGCUGUGCCCGCUGGGCACGGCGCCUCCCAUGGCUCCGAGGAGUUUGACUUUGGGGAGGUCAUGGUGCACCAGGCCAUCCACGCCAUUGAGUUCGUGCUGGGCUCCGUCUCCAACACGGCAUCCUACCUGCGCCUGUGGGCGCUGUCGCUGGCGCACUCCCAGCUCUCCGCCGUCUUCUACGACCGCGUGCUCAUGGCCGCCAUCAAGAGCGGCAACCCCAUCGCCAUCGUGAUUGGGUUCUAUGUCUUCUUGGUGGCCACCAUCUCCGUGCUGAUGCUGAUGGAGUCGCUGUCCGCCUUCUUGCAUGCCCUUCGUCUGCACUGGGUGGAGUUCCAGAGCAAGCACUACUUUGGCGAUGGGUACAAGUUUGCGCCCUUCUCGUUCGCGGAGAUCGACAAGGUGGAGGAGUGA